GCAAUCCUGCAUGUUCUCGGCUGCAGUGUCCAUCUCGUAGCUGAGCCGGUGAUAAUAUGACGGCAAACCUGGGGCUUGGCAGCAACUAUUUUCCCAAUCAUUUCAUGGUGGUCCAAUGAAGGCAAUGAUAAAAACGACCUCGGGUGAGGAGGGUGUGUCACGGGUGCGAGUGACCAGCAGGAGGAGCUCACAGAAGUUGGAGAGAGUGGCUGGACUGGUAAGCCGCUCUCAUAUAGAGACACCAAAGGCAAACCCUCCCCCCAUCAUUGUGAACGCAGACUCACUGGAUGCAGGCCCUUAUGUGAAUGGGAGUGAUGGCAUGUAUAAAUAUGAAGAAAUCAUUUUGGAAAGGGGCAACUCUGGCCUCGGGUUCAGUAUUGCUGGAGGUGUGGAUAAUCCACACAUUCCUGAUGAUCCAGGAAUCUUCAUAACCAAGAUUAUCCCAGGUGGUGCUGCCGCCAUGGAUGGGAGACUAGGGGUAAAUGACUGUGUUCUGCGGGUGAAUGAUGUGGACGUGUCAGAGGUUGUGCACAGCAACGCAGUAGAGGCUUUGAAGGAGGCCGGCCCAGUGGUCAGGUUGCUGGUACGCAGAAGACAGGCUCCUCCUGAGACCAUUUUGGAGGUCAACCUACUCAAAGGGCCUAAAGGUCUCGGCUUCAGUAUUGCUGGCGGUAUAGGCAACCAGCACAUCCCGGGCGACAACAGUAUCUACAUCACAAAGAUCAUCGAAGGUGGGGCGGCACAGAAAGAUGGACGUCUGCAGACAGGCGAUCGCCUACUGGCUGUGAAUAACAUUAUACUUCAGGAUGUGCGUCAUGAGGAGGCUGUGGCCGCCCUGAAGAACACUUCAGACAUGGUCUAUCUGAAAGUGGCCAAGCCGGGACCAGUACAUCUCAACGACAUGUACGCCCCACCAGACUACUCUAGCAGUCUCGGCCUCCCUCCAGCCUUCCCCACCAUGGUGGACAACCACGUCGGACACAACUCCAGCAUGGCCUACAUGGGAGGCAUGGAGCCUAAACCAGUGUACCCGCCACCCCAGGUCACCCCCUCGAGGUACUCCCCAGACCCACGCCACAUGCUGGGGGAGGAGGACUUCACCAGGGCCGAGCCCAUUUACAGUGCCAUCCACAAACCGCAUGGGGACACCAGCCCUCCCUCCCCCCAUCUGUGCAGCAGGGGGUCUGGGGAUGUGGGCUGCAGCCCCGCCCCGCCUGCUCUGUGUCAAAGCCUGGUCCCGUACACCGGCAGGGAGCCGCGGAAGAUCCUGCUGCACAAGGGUUCCACAGGUUUGGGAUUCAACAUUGUGGGCGGCGAGGAUGGAGAGGGCAUCUUCGUGUCUUUCAUCUUGGCAGGUGGGCCAGCCGACCUGAGCGGAGAGCUGAGGAGAGGAGACCGCAUCCUAUCGGUGAAUGGUGUAAACCUGCGCAAUGCUACCCAUGAGCAGGCUGCUGCUGCACUGAAGAGGGCUGGACAGACGGUGACCAUCAUUGCCCAGUACAGACCAGAAGAAUACAGUCGUUUUGAGUCCAAGAUCCACGACUUGAGGGAGCAGAUGAUGAACAGCAGCAUGAGCUCUGGCUCCGGCUCCCUCCGCACCAGUGAGAAACGCUCCCUCUACGUCAGGUAUCCUCUUCAUCAAAUUCAUUAUCCCCACUUGUUUGUGCGACCAUGUCAUCUUUGGUUUUAUUUUUGCAUGUGUGCUGUGAAUUACAUUGAAACCCAUUCUUGUGUUUUUUUUGUGUGUUUGUUUCAUUCCUCAUCCCCAUUCCCCCACCAUUGGCUCGUGUCCACUCAGCCAGUCAAAGUGAAGCGCAAAAAAAGCUUCAACCUAUCACGCAAGUUCCCGUUUUACAAGAGUAAGGAGAAUAUAGUGCAGGAGUUGGUGGAGACUGAACAAUGCUUGACGUCCAACACCAGUGACAGUGAAAGCAGCUCCAAGGGUCAGGAAGACACAAUUCUCUCAUAUGAGCCAGUAAUUCGACAGGAGAUCCAUUACACAAGGCCUGUGAUUAUCCUGGGUCCAAUGAAGGACAGAGUAAACGAUGACUUGAUCUCAGAGUUUCCCCACAAGUUUGGAUCCUGCGUCCCACAUACAACUCGUCCUCGACGAGAGAAUGAAAUGGACGGCCAGGACUACCACUUUGUGGCUUCAAGGGAGCAAAUGGAGAAGGACAUUCAGGACAACAAAUUUAUCGAGGCCGGCCAGUUCAAUGAGAAUCUGUACGGGACCAGCAUCCUGUCUGUCCGGGCAGUGGCUGAAAGGGGAAAACAUUGUAUCCUGGAUGUGUCUGGGAACGCCAUAAAGCGACUGCAGCAAGCACAGCUCUAUCCAAUCGCCAUUUUCAUCAAGCCAAAAUCUGUGGAGGCCCUAAUGGAAUUGAAUAAGAGGCAGACAUAUGAGCAAGCCAGUAAAGUCUUUGAUAAGGCAAUGAAGCUCGAACAAGAGUUUGGAGAGUAUUUCACAGCCAUAGUCCAGGGUGACUCACUAGAUGAGAUCUAUAAUAAAAUCAAGCUGAUCAUAGAGGAGCAGUCAGGCCCUUACAUCUGGAUCCCGUCCGCAGAGAAGCUCUGAGCUCGCCGCCUCCACGGAGCCCCCCACCUGACCCCCGCACCCACUCCCACCCGACACCUUUCCUUCCCUUUCACUGAUAUGUUUCAUAUCAAGUUUUAGUGUCAUCAUUAUGUUACCCUCAAUUGAAAGACGUCUUAUCACCAUUACUGUGACUGUGCACACCCCUGCAUGAGUUUCUCAGCAAUUCCAUUCAAGAUUGGAAAUGCCAUUCCUAAAGAUUUUUUGUCAUGUAAAACAAAAAAGGGAAAACUGAGCAGAUCCUUUCGUGCGUUUCGGACGGACUUGAAGAUGAGAAUGUCUCAACAAAGCGAGAAUGGGGAGCUGGGGAGUUGGAGAUGGUGGCACGAGCGGGAACCUUGUAUAUGUUCAUUCGAUUUCAUGGAAAAAGACGUUUGAGGAUGCUGUGCGAGGUUUUUUUAUGAGGACUAGAUACAGUUCAAACCUGCUGAUGGUACCGUCACUGCUCAUGUUUCUAACGGAUAAACUUCAAAACAGAACUCACAAACCAGCUCGCUUUACUUGAUCGGCUGCCUGGCCGUUUGUAUGGCGACGCAUUCGGAGGCAGAACAAAAUGGAAAACGGGGUUUGAGUCUAUACAUUUCUAUUACUGAAAUCACAUGGAAAAUAAAAACCCUACGGAGAGAUUUUACUACAUAAUACAAAAUGAUACGGUACUCAUUUUACACUUCACUAGAAUUGUCUACUCUGAGGGCUGUUAGAUUUCAUUUACCUGUCUUUGGGUUUUUGUGUUCUUUCUUUCUUGUGGUUUUAGCUGCUCUGUAUUAAAGAUGGGGGUAGAGAGGUGUAACUGGGCUCUCUGCAGACCACCAAACUGCCUUACGAUGAAUAAACGCUUCUGUCAAAUUCCUGUCAAUCGUGGGGGGGGAGGGGGAACGACACAAUAUUCAACCUAUCAGUGCUUAGAGGGAGACACGAUUUUAGUGCUAUUUGUGAGUUUCCCGUCAUCCUAUUGGAGGCCUAACUUGUGAGUGCAAUAGACUUAAGUGUCUUACCUCUGUGAAAUCCUUUUUUGCAAAGCUUUUUUUUGUCUUAAGCAAAAUCCAAUUUCGGCCGCCAUUGGAGUUGUUGAAAAGCAGACAGCCCACUUGCACUUCCUCUGCCUACCAUGACUAUAUUCUCUUCAGACUGAACGGUAACAAGGUACUGUCCUGUUAGCUGCCCAGGAGCGCAGCCUUAAAACGGGUAGAAUCAAGACAAUAAUUGUAUUGGAUGUCCUUCUUGAUAUUAAAGCGUUAGUGGAGCCUGAAAUUUACCGUUUUCCCCAGAACUCGACGAUGGUUUGAUUAAAUCUGUUCUUUGUAAUGACAGCUUUUUAACAAUUUUUUUCUUCUUCUGCUCCCUCAUUUCCGGGCUGAUGUUUACUUCACUGUGUUGAGCCUUGUGCCGGGGCGAGCUUGGCGAGCUCAGGAAUCUGAUGGAUAAUUACUACAAUGUUUUUUUUUUUUUUUUACACUACUAAAGGGCCGCGAUCAUAUUGUGAUGGAAUAGAGAGAGUAUGAACUCAAAUGGGAUGAUUUUCUCUCCUCUAACUGAACACCCAGACAUGCUGAUAUAUUAUACUUGUGAAUUCUAAAUAUUUAGUCCUUCCUUUUUUUAAAAAAUUUUUUUUUUAUUUGAAACCUUUUGUAAGCACUAUGUCUGUGGUCACCCUUGGGUUCAGCCGGAGAGAAUGGGAACAGGAUACAGAAGCACAGUACUUCCUUCAAUCUUUCUUUCUGUAUCAAGAAGUCUGGAUCCCGCAGGAAGCGAGGGAAGUUCUUGGGCCCACUCUCUUCCCCCGCCCCGCUCCGCAGGCAUUUUCUAAACAGGUGCGCUCACCUGCCAAGCGUCUCUGCGAAAUCAGCUGUCAUACCUGUGUCAAAACCAGAGUUCAGGGAAUAAUCGAAGGGAACAGAGCCAUUUAUAAACUGCUUACAGACUGUUUUAAUGGGUAUGAUAGCUGUAAAGUGUAAAUAUCCCCCUCACUUGUGCUUCAUGCAUGUGUGAUACAACUGGGACAUACAUGUUUUAUAAAUCACAAAUGUCAGGUAAGUAAACUUUGAAUUUAUUCUGAGAUUAAUUUCCAUACAAAUGUGCCGUAACGUUGGUAUUUCUCUAUAGAAAAAAUAUCUUCAGCUGCCUAUCAGAACAUUUUUUUAGUGAGUCGGGAACAGCUUCCCUAUAAUACGGCCUGUCUACUUGUGAUAUCUUGUGGAACUUGUCUGAGUGUAUAGAUGAAAAACAAAUGUAAAAAUAUAUAUAAAUAUAUAUAAAAAGACAUGCGGAUGGCAACCCAUAGAUUGAUAUUAAAGUAAACCAGGAGCUUAAAUGACUCCUUUUAGUGUAGAUCUGGUCCUCUGAGGUGACAAGCGGAAAAGCAGCUGACCGUUCGCACUGUUGAUGCCGGUCAGCCGUGUUGGUGAAGCCCAAAGAAUUUUGAUUCAUUGUACUAUAUUUCUAAUGAAGUGGAUUGAAUCAGAACAGCUCUGGUGUACUAAUGAGUGUCUCUGCUCUGGAAGACACGAGUGUGAAAUGGGGAAGGAAUGGGUCUGAUUUGUCUUUUUGAGUGAUUAUGAGUUUUUGAUGUGACAGCACACCUGUGCAGUAAGUUCUUGCAAAUAUGAACCCUUUGAUUGUACAGUAGUGUCCUCCCCAUGAUUACAGGUGGCACAACCCAUCAGGACACAAGGAAAACUGCUGUUUUAUAUCCUGGUCAGGAAGGAACACAGUCCUAAUGAUUAUUAUUAUUUUAUUUUUAUUU